CUUCCAUUUCUGAACUGAAGGGACGCCGCCGCUCCGCGUAGACUACUCGCCUUUUUUAUACACUCAUUUAAGUAAAUAAACUAGGUUCUCUGACGUUAAUUAGGACUUAUGCUUAAAGGUAUCGAGUGAAAUAGCAGUUAUUUUUCAUCGUGGGGUGCUGUUUGAGUGGUGGCUGGAACUGUAGCUAGCAUUUUAAUCCCAAUUUUAACUUUACUAAGCGGCGUUUUCCGCCGUUUUUUUUCUUUCCGCCGCCCCGCUCACUACCCCCUUGCGCGUGAGUAGGGGCCUGCAACGUUGGUUUGGCCACGAGGAGCGUCGGUACAGUUGGAACGAUGGCGGAGUUCGGUAACGGACUGGCGGAGGAAUCUCUACUAGAUUCAGACCCCGGACAUCCCGAGCUGGAAGACCCGGGAGUCGGUGAUGAAGAACCGGGGUUAGAAGAGGGGGAGGCCUCGAUUGAAGACCCGGAGCUGGAGGCAAUCAAAGCCCGGGUGAGAGAGAUGGAGGAAGAGGCAGAGAAGCUGAAGGAGCUCCAGAACGAGGUGGAGAAACAGAUGAAUCUCAGCCCCCCACCAGUCGGCCCUGUCAUCAUGUCCAUCGAGGAAAAGAUGGAAGCAGAUGGCAGAUCUAUUUACGUCGGAAACGUGGACUAUGGUGCCACGGCAGAAGAGCUCGAGGCUCACUUUCAUGGCUGCGGUUCAGUAAACAGAGUCACCAUCCUAUGUGACAAAUACACAGGGCAUCCCAAAGGGUUUGCCUAUAUUGAGUUUGCAGACAAAGAGUCUGUUAGGACAGCCAUGGCUUUGGAUGAGUCCCUUUUUAGAGGAAGGCAGAUAAAGGUGGGCGCUAAGAGAACAAACAGACCUGGCAUCAGCACCACAGACCGCGGCUUUCCACGGGCUCGGUUCCGGUCACGUGGAGGCGGCGGUGGCGGAGGAGGAGGUGGAGGCGGCGGAGGAGGAGGAAGCUUCUCGUCGAGGGCGCGCUAUUACAGUGGAUACACACCACCCAGAGGCAGAGGCCGGGCCUUCAGGGGCCGAGGGCGAACAACAUCGUGGUAUUCCCCUUACUAAACACCCCCCCCCUCCCAACACUCCCAUACUAUCAACCCUCUCCCCUCUCUGUUCCCAUUUAAACAAAAAAAAAAAACACUCGCACACACACACAAUAUGAGAAAAGUCCCCAACAAUAAAAGAAGAGAAUCCCAGAAGAGAGAAAAAAAAAAGACAAAAAAAAGGAAUAAAAAAAAAAAAGCUCUCCUGGACAGAGAGACUGACUGGCCGCAGUGUGCGAUUGUGUGUGAGCGUGCGUGUGCGGAGGUUGGUGCGUCACCCCUGGUAAGGUAUCAGUUGGCCAUUGGGGAGAGGAAACGGUGGCUCGUUUGUUUUCUGUUGGUUUUGAGGGAGGGGAGUGGGAGGCGGGGCAUGUGGGGGCAGAGAAGAUGGUGGUAUCUCAGGCUGCAGAUGUGUCUCCUUUGGUCUGGCUGUGACCUCCUGCUUUCACACCAUCACCAACACAGCCCACCCACUCACCCUCCACCACCACCAAAAAAAACGAAAAAAAAAAAAAAAAAACAUGUGGGGGGGGGGGUGGGGCAACAAGAAAAUCAACUGUUAUGUUUUUUAAUGUACCGUACACAUGUGAAACUUCCACUCAGCCAGGAUAUAUGUUGUGUUUUUAAGUUUGUGGUUUGGAGUAUAUCAUUACCUACCCAUCCCCGAACCCCCCCUUUGUGUCUGCCUCACCCCUUACCCCUGCUGCAUUUUAUAACUCAUGCUUUUUCUCCCCCCUGCCCUGCUGUUUGGCUCAUCACACCAUGGAUUGUGUUUUUUCUCUGGACAGUGAUGGACCCUCAGUGUUCAGUGGGAUUGUAAAUGCUUAGUUUUUUUUUUUUUUCGUGGGUGGGGUCUUCCUGCUGACCCCCCCCUCCCCUCCCCGCCGCUCGUCCAUAUUGUCACCUCCAACUCAGGCAUGGCCACAGCUCGUUUUAUUCAUUUGACAGGCAUCGAUGUUUUUAUUUUCGUGCACCCCCCCCCCUCCAUCCCCCUUCUCCCCUCCCCUCCUCUGUGAUCCUUGUCUCCCGUCUUCCCCCCCUCCCCUCCCCCGUCCUCUCUCUGUAUAUUAGACCACUUCUUGUCGUUUCAGGUUUCAGGACCAGUGGAGGCUGACGACCCCUCCCCAAGUGGCGCAGGCCCCCCCCACUGUCUCUGCAGCGUCUCUCUCUCUCUCUGCUCCCGCUAUGCACACUCACCCCAUCCUGUCCGUGUGGGGGGGAGGGGGGCAGGGCGACCACAGGCCUGCCGCGGGGGGCAUUUACUACAACAGCAAACGCUGAUGAUGCUUUUAGACCCUUUCACACUUCGACACACAGAGGACACACAGAGGACACACACACACACACACACAACACACACACGUUAACAGGCAGCCAACCCAACACAUGAUUUAUAUUCAGAGAGCUGACGCCAACUUAGCGGAGUGGCAGGCGAGUCUGCGUGAGAGUGAGGAAGGCAGGACCAGAGACGAGGGUGUUUUUCAGGGGGUGUACAGCGCUGACCUUAAGCCCCCCCCCCCCCCUUUCUCUGACGACGCGCAGUGCAGCCACGGCUUCUCUGAGGAAGGCCGACAAGCUAACGGCAUUGAGUAUUAAUUUAAUAAUUGGAGUGGGCCGGAGCUGUUAUUUUAGGGUGGGGAACUUCAGGGGUGGGGGUUUGUGUGGAGACUUUUUCUUUUUUUGAAAAGAGGGAGUGGGUUUGAACAAAUGUUUUGCUUUUUUUAAUUUUAUUUUUAACCCAUGAGUCUGUAAUUAGAGAAAAAAUAAAUAAAGACAUUGUGUAAAAAUUA